GUUGUUUCUCGCAUGGUACAUACACGCAAGGAUGACUUUCUCGUACGAUGACUACAUGGUCGCAUGGAUCUGCGCCUUGCCGCUAGAGAUGGCAGCCACCAAGGCCAUGCUAGACGAGACUCAUGUUUCGCUGCCUCAGCAAAAGUCCGACCAUAACAUCUACACUCUCGGAAGCAUUAGUGGUCAUAAUGUUGUGGUGGUUUGCCUACCAUCUGGUGUCUACGGGACGAUUUCUGCUUCCGCUGUGGUUUCACACAUGGUUUCCACUUUCCCAAGUAUCCGGUUUGGAUUGAUGGUGGGCAUUGGUGGGGGUGUUCCAGGCAGGAAGGCUGAUAUUCGCCUCGGAGAUGUCGUCGUCAGUAAGCCAACUCCCAGCUCCGGUGGCAUUGUCCAGUACGACUACGGCAAGAGACUGCAUGGCGGGCAAUUCCAGCGUAUCGGGUUUCUUAAUAAGCCUCCUCCAAUAUUACUAAAAAGCUUGUCUCAAAUAGAGAGCAACUCUAUAACAGGAGAAAAAAUAGUUAGCAAAACAAUGCUGAAUGCAAUGGAGAAGAAUAAGGAAAUGAAUGAGCGGUUCUCACGACCAAAAUGUGACUGGCUGUUUCAAGGAACCUACGAACAUGAGGGGAAAGGACCUGAUUGUUCAGCGUGUGAUCAAAACCAGCUAGUGGAUCGGUCCCUGCGAGCAACUGAUGAGCCUUAUAUUCACUACGGUCUAAUUGCUUCGGGGAAUCAGGUUAUGAAAGAUGCCAAAAUCCGCGAUUCUAUUGCUCAAGACCUUGACAUCCUCUGCUAUGAAAUGGAGGCUGCUGGAAUUAUAGAUGAGAUCCCGUCUCUUGUCAUACGAGGCAUCUGUGACUACUGUGAUUCUCACAAAAAUAAGCAGUGGCAGGGAUAUGCUGCCUUUGCUGCUGCUGCCUCUGCGAAGGCUAUUCUGUCCGUGAUUCCUCUUUAUCACUACAAGAAGGAUACGCGCGUAUCGAAGGAAGCAGUCUGGAUGAUUCCCUUUAGAAGGAACUCACAAUUUGUGGGUCGGGAAGAAGAAAUAACCAGCAUCGAAAGGUUGAUAAUGCAACGGGAAGGACCAGGAAAAAUCGCCAUCUGUGGGUUAGGCGGGGUUGGGAAGACCCAAAUCGCACUUGAAUUGGCAUAUCGCACCCGAUUUCGAGACCCUGAAUGCUCAAUAUUCUGGAUCCCAUGUACCAGCUAUGAGAGUGUGGAGCAAGCCUACAUUAACAUCUCCCUAAAGCUAGGGAUAAUGGACGGGAAGCCAGCAGUGGCAAAGGAACAAGUCAAGGCGUAUUUUAGCCAAGAAGACGCUGGAAAGUGGCUUCUUAUCUUUGAUAAUGCAGAUAAUAUGGACAUGUGGAUACAGACCACCGCUGGUGCACUGGUGCUGACAGACUUUCUGCCUCAGAGCGAGCAAGGUCAUGUCCUCUUCACUACACGAAAUCAAAAGCUGGCAAACUUGCUUAAUCGUGAUGCAACCAUUUCCCUGUUAAAACAGCUGGCUUUUCUCCCACUGGCCAUAAUACAGGCGUCGUCAUACAUUAAUGAAAACUGCCUGGAACCAUCUCAAUAUUUAAAAUUGCUACAAGAUCCAGAGCCCAAUGUCGUUGAGCUGCUGAGUGAGAAUUUUGAGGAUGAUGGACGAUAUGCAGAAAUCCAAAAUCCCGUCAUUGCCACAUGGGUGGUCUCAUUUACCCAGAUCCAGCGGAUAGACCAGUUAGCAGCUGACUAUUUAUUACUUAUGGCUUGUCUUGAUUUUUGCAAUAUUCCUGAAUCCCUUCUUCCAUCCUCGACAUCUCAUAAGAGAAAAACGGAUGCACUAGGCCUUCUUAGUGCUUAUUCCUUUAUCGAUAUUCAAGCUGAAGACAUGCUACUGAGUCUACAUCGACUAGUAUAUCUUGCGGCUCGUAACUGGAUGAGACAGACCAGUCUAUUUGCCCCGUGGGUUCAAAGAGCCGCUACUCAGUUGUCUGCGGCUUUUCCAAGUCAUGAUCAUAGAAAUCGAGAACUGUGGCGCAAAUAUAUGCCUCAUGCCCUACGUGCAGUGAAUGAAAUAGACAGAGCGCAAAAGAAGCAAUGGGAACCACUCAUCUGGAAGAUGGCGAACUGCCUUUGCAGUGAUGGCAGAUUCAAUGAAGCGGAGGGGUUAUUGAUUGACCUGGCUGAGAUACAGAGAGAAGCUACAGGUGCUAUAAACCCUUCGACUCUGCAAGGACGAUGGAAGGAGGCAGAACAAUUGCAUCUACAGGUAAUGGAAACGCGAAAACUCCUCCUCGGACCACUGCAUCCUUCUACUCUGACCAGUGCGCGGUGGAGCCAAGCAGCAGAGCUACAGGUUGAAGUAAUUAAGGCUCGACAAUCGACAUUGGGUGCAGAACAUCCAAAUACCUUGAUUAGUGGACGAUAUAAGGAAGCAGAAGAGUUAGAGACCGGAGUUUUGGAGGUAUACAGACGAGUGAUGGGGCCAUACCACCCCUGCACUGUAACCAACAUGGCUAACCUGGCGUCUACAUACGCAAGUCAAGGACGCUGGAAGGAGGCAGCGGAGCUACAGACCGAAGUUCUGGGGCUCUGUUUAAAGAUGCUGGGGCCGGAGCAUCCCGAUAGUAUGACUAAUAUGGCCAACCUUGCGUCUGUAUACUGGAACCAGCAGCGUUGGAAAGAAGCAGAGGCAUUAGAGACCCAGGUGCUGGAGACUCGGAAGCAGGUACUAGGGGUACAGCAUCCGGACACCCUGACCAGCAAAGAAGAUGAUGCUAUACUCUUAAUGACUGAGUGUGUUUAUAUACGCAACCGGUAUUUGGGUCCUGAUCACCCCUAUACUAUCUCUUCAGCCGCUACUCUCCAUGACUGGCAGCAAAGUACACACCGCCUCAAGGAUUAA